GUUACGUUGCUUUAAAAACCUCAAAUUAGAAGCUAAUCUUAUUGUGACAACAUUUUAGCUACUGGUUAAUAAUUCCGAUGAUUUAAUUAAUAUUAAUGAUGUGGUAGGCUAAUAAUGUUUACAAUAUGAUUGAUAAAUCUCGUUUCAAUUUGAUUGAGAACGUUAAUAAUAGCAUCACCAGAAAAUGUUAAUAACGUAUGUGAAAAAACUAAUAUGUAUUGUUGACAACAUUGACAACUCCGUUACGUUGCUCUAAAAAUCUCAAAUCAGAGGCUCCCCUUAUUGUCAUAUGGUUUUAGUUACCUGUUAAUAAUUUCAGUAAUAUAAUUAAUAAUAGAGUCGCGGAGGUUAACAAUGUUGACAACACGACCAUAAAAGCACCUUUUUUAUUGAUAACUAUAGUAGCGUCAGCAAAAAAAUGUUAAUAAUGUAAGCCAAUUAACUAAUAUGUAAGGUUGAAAAUGUUGACAACUCCGUUACAUUAUCUCGAAAACCUCAAUCCACCAACUACUCAAUCCACAGACUCCUCCUUUACGUUGACAAUUCCGUCGCGUUUCUUUUCGAUGGCAAGCAACGGAUGUAGCGUCCCAAUAACAAGUUUGUUCUUACAGAUCUUGGAUUGUGGCAUAUCGUGUAGCACUACAAAAAAAUUGAUAAUGGCGUUCAAAAUAUUACUAAUGCUGAAAAAACGCUAAUAAUGAACAAAGGUUGUUAAUACUACAUGUAAAACGACAGAUUCUUUAAUAAUAGAGAGCAAAAGGUUGAGAGCGAGAACAUAUUGAUUAACAAUGUUUACAAAAACAGUUUGUAAACGCCCACCGAAUGAUUAAUAAUAGAUAGCAAAAAGGUUCAUAACGAGCAGAAAUUGAUUAACAAUGGACACAAAAAAUUAAAAAUAAAUACUACUGUGCACCGACUAAUCCCAUGCAUCGACGCGACGGUAAAACCUCACAAAUACAAAUUGAUUGACAAUGGACACAAAUAAAUGAUUUGCAUGACAGAUUGAUUAACAAUAGAGGGCAAAAAAGUUGAAAACGAACACGUAUUAAUUAAUAAUAGAGACACAUCACGGUUUGCAAACGCCCACGGAAUGAUUAAUAAUAGAUGCCAAAAGUUUGAGAACGAGAACAGGUUGAUUAACAAUGGACAGGAUAAAACUCUGCAAACGUCCACGAAUUCAUUAAUAACAGACACCAAAUAAAUUAAAAAUGAACCUACUAUUGUGCAACGCCUACUCCUCCCAUGCAACAACAAAACCCUAAUCUCAUGCAGCGCCAAAACCCAAGAUCCCAUGCAAUGCCAAAAACCCACAAAAAAUCGGCAAAAAAAAAUUGGAGACGAGAAAAUACCUUAUAACGCCGCCGACGAGAGACUGAGAGGCCGAGUUGAAACGAGAUCACGACGAGAGACUGAGGGCGAUGGAAUCGGCGAUGGUGGACUCAGCGGGAGGGAGAACUCGAAUCGUCGGCCGACGGCAACAACGGGAACGACGACGGCAACAACGGACGAUGGACUCGGGACGGAGAAGGGAAAGCGACGACGGAGAACUCGAAUCGUCGGCACGACGACUGGCUGCUGUGCUUUGCCAGAAUUCUCAGCGGGAGGGAGAACUCGAAUCAUCGGCCAACGGCGGCAACAACGACUGAUGGACUCGGGACGGAGAAGGGACGACCGGACGACGGAGAAGGGACGACCGGACAACGGACGGAGAAGUUGGGACGACAGCCGGAGAAGUCGGGAAGACGGACGGUUUGCUCUUCUUGCGGGAGGAAUAAUGAGUUAGGGUUUUUGAAAAAAAUACGCAUGUUUUAAUGUUUUAAUUUAAUUGUAUUCUCCUUAAUACCUCUAACAACUUUUUAACUAAUAACUCCCUACUAACUACCUAAUCUUAAGUUAGCCAAUCACAAGGCUUUAAGUUCGUCCUUAAAAAAGAGGCCUUAAGGACCUGAACUUAGUCCCUUUGAUGAUGAAUGUAGGGUUGGAGGUCUAUCGCUUUUGGUUUAACCAAAAACUGAAUAUCCGGUAAUCGGUUAAACGAACCACCUCCUUAUACCAUCCGACAACCCACCGAGAAGGGGUGCACCGUUAACCGACCACCAACCAGUUGUUUACUGAUUUUUUGUUCGGUUAGCCGUGCAACCGAAAUAUUGCUGGCAAGUUCGGUUUAGUCGGGUAACCGACCGGUAAUGGACCCGACAACAGUCCCACCUGCAUAAAAAAAUCAGUUAAAUUUCCUAAAACUAAUAAAGGCUCAAACCUACAUUGCUACAUUUCAAUCGCCCAAAGUAAAGUCUCAAUCCCUUUUGCAUCGAAAAUACAUCUAAGACAACAUAAUUCAUGUCUCAAAUAAAGUCAUAAAUUCCAC